CUGGUGAUUCAAUUCUGUUGACUCUGUAAGGGAACGAGAUCAGCCCUCCAGGGUCCUAAAGCGCCUGUGCACUUCAGCUGGGUUCGGACAAAAACUGAAACAGACCAGAGAUGGCGGGUGAUUCAGUCCUGCUGGCUGCCGUCUCCCUUCUCUCUGCCUGUCAGCAAACUUAUUUUGCUAUAAAUGUUGGACAAGCAAGAUUUAAAUACAAGAUUUCACCCCCGGCAGUCUCGGGGUCCCCGGAUUUUGAGAGAAUAUUUCGUGCGCAACAAAACUCUUUGGAGUCUUAUCCCGUGUUCAUCCUAAUACUGUGGCUGGCCGGAUGGUACUUCAAUCAAGUUCUGGCGUCUUGUCUGGGUCUCGUGUACCUGUACGCCCGUCACAAGUACUUCUGGGGCUACGCAGAAGCUGCUGACAAAAGAAUCACCGGUUUCAAGUUGAGCCUGGGUAGUUCGGCCUUGUUGGCUGUCCUAGCUGUCCUGGGGAUAGCAAACAGAUUCCUGGACGAAUACCUGGACUUCCAUGUUACCAAGAAACUGAGACACACAUCCUAAGUUUUUCUCUUCCCUCCCACGCUUGUUGAGGCUGUCACCAGUCUGAAGACAAUGUGCUAAAUAAAACUUUCAAACUCCU